AUGAAUGAUAAGACAGGUAAGAAUAAAGGUUUUGCAUUUGUCCAGUAUGCUUCAGCUGCUGAUGCUAUGAAGGCAUUAGCAAAAUUUUCCAAAGUUGAGAUUUGUGGAAAGCAAUGUAGCGCUACACCUGUUGAGGGCAAUGACACAAUUUUUCUCGGUAAUAUUAACAAGAAGUGGAAGAGUGAAGAUAUUGGUAAGCUGUUGCAGGAGUUUGGGAUUGAGAAAAUAGAUCAAGUUACAGUUAUGGCCGAUCCUAGUAACAUUGAGUGUAAUCGUGGCUUUGCCUUUCUUGAACUUGAAACUAAAAGAGAUGCUAAAAAUGCUUACAGGAAACUUCAGAAGAAUGUCUUCGGAAAGCUGCCAAAUAUGAAAGUUGCUUGGGCUGAACCCUUGAGUGAGCCAGAUGAAGAAGAAAUGCUUAAGGUCAAAUCUGCCUUCCUCAUGGGAUGA